UACAUUAACAUAACAUUCAUGUUGUGUUGUGUUUUGUAUAAGAGUUUCAUAAUAUGAAAUGUGUGCAUGCCUUGUCGGCCAUUAGACCUUUCAUCCAAGUCCUCAAUCCAGCCCCGUCUCUACCAUUUGCUUUAAAAUCUUCAUUCACAAUCAUCAUUCUUUUUUUUUUGUCAUUCACUUUUUCCUAUCUUUGUGUUUUAUUAUACUAUUUUUCAAAAAGGGCAAAAGAAAUAAUCUCUUUACGGUUCAUUCAACUUUGGAAGAUUUUUCUUUUUGGGGGGCCCAAAUCUUUCUAGAUCCUUUAAUAUUGGUGGGAAAAGAUUAACUGGGUUGCUCUUAGUUUUUUCUUUUGAUUCAUGAACUCAAUGAAGCUUUCAUUCUUUAUUGGUCUCAAGGAGCUGAAAGGAAGUGGUUAUGGUGUUGCUUUUAUUUUUUCUUCUUUGAUGAAUGAUUCUGGACUUUAUAAAGAGAUGUAAAUUGAAUCCAGCUUAGGGUUACUAAAAUGUUGAGAAACUUUAAUUCAAGGAGAGUUUUGGAAGUGGGAUUUGCUGUUUUUUUUCUGGUUGUCUCGCUAUUGGUUUGUACAUCAGAGGGUUUGAAUUCGGAGGGCCAAUACCUGCUAGAGUUGAAGAACAGGCUACAUGAUGAAUUCAAUUAUCUGGAAAACUGGAAGUCCACUGAUCAGACACCAUGUUCGUGGAUAGGCGUAAAUUGCACUUCAGGUUAUGAGCCGGUAGUCUGGUCUCUUGAUUUGAAUUCAAUGAAUCUUUCAGGUACUCUGAGCCCCAGUAUUGGCAGUUUGAUCCACCUAACCUAUCUUGAUCUUGCUUACAAUGAGUUCACUGGAAAAAUACCCAAGGAAAUUGGAAAUUUUCCAAGGUUGAAACAACUUUAUUUGAACAACAACCAAUUCAGUGGGCAAAUUCCUGCUGACCUGGGUAAGCUGUCUUCUUUGGAAAGUUUAAAUAUAUGCAACAAUGGGAUCUCUGGUGCUCUGCCUGAGGAUCUUGGAAACUUGUCAUCACUCGUGGAGUUUGUGGCAUACACCAACAAUCUGACUGGUCCAUUGCCUCGUUCUUUUGGGAAUCUCAAGAACUUAAGAAUAUUUCGAGCAGGACAGAAUGCAAUUUCUGGUAGCAUUCCUGCAGAAAUUAGUGGAUGUCAGAGCCUUCAAAUGCUUGGUCUCGCCCAAAAUGAUAUAGGAGGUUCAUUACCUAAGGAAAUUGGGAUGCUUGGCAGCUUGACUGAUCUGAUUUUAUGGGAUAACCAAUUGACAGGAUUUAUCCCAAAGGAGCUUGGAAAUUGUACAAAUCUUGAGACUCUUGCACUGUAUGGGAAUAGUCUUGUGGGACCAAUACCUAAAGAAUUAGAAAGCCUCAAGUUUCUGAAGAAGUUGUAUCUGUACAGAAAUGAGUUGAACGGAACCAUUCCAAGGGAAAUAGGGAAUCUGUCUAUGGCAACAGAAAUUGAUUUCUCUGAGAAUUAUCUGACCGGUGAGAUUCCCACCGAGUUCUGUAAGAUAAUGGGCUUACGCUUACUGUACCUCUUCCAGAACCAGCUUACUGGAGUAAUACCAAAUGAGCUUAGUAGCUUGAGGAACUUGACAAAGCUUGACCUGUCAAUUAAUUACCUAAGUGGUCCUAUUCCAUUUGGGUUUCAAUAUUUGACUGAAAUGGUUCAGUUACAGCUUUUUGACAAUUCUUUGAGUGGUGGCAUUCCUCAGGGGCUUGGACUUUACAGCCCACUUUGGGUAGUUGAUUUUUCUGACAACCACCUGACAGGAAGAAUACCUCCUCACUUAUGUCGACAUUCUAAUUUAAUUCUGUUGAGUCUUGGCUCUAAUGAGCUCUAUGGAAAUAUCCCAACUGGAGUCAUCAACUGCAAAACAUUGGUGCAACUUCGUUUGGUUGGAAACAGGCUUGCUGGGAGCUUUCCUUCAGGAUUGUGCAAGCUGGUGAAUCUUUCUGCUAUUGAGUUGGACCAGAACAAGUUUAGUGGGCCAAUUCCACCAGAGAUCGGAAAUUGCCAAAAGUUGCAAAGGCUUCAUAUUGCAAACAAUUACUUUGCAUCUGGUUUGCCUAGAGAAAUAGGUAAUCUCUCUCAACUAGUGACUUUUAAUAUGUCCAGUAAUAUGCUUACUGGACGGAUUCCACCUGAAAUCGUUCACUGCAAGAUGCUUCAACGACUUGAUCUCAGCCAUAACAGCUUUGUAGAUUCUUUACCAAAUGAACUGGGAACCCUUCUGCAGCUUGAGCUUCUCAAGCUCUCGGAAAAUAAAUUUUCUGGAUAUAUACCUGCAUCUUUAGGCAACCUCUCGCAUCUGACAGAAUUGCAGAUGGGUGGCAACUUAUUUUCUGGUGAGAUACCUCUAGAGUUGGGUUAUCUUUCAAGCUUACAAAUUGCAAUGAAUCUCAGCUAUAACAACCUCAGUGGAAGUAUACCGCAAGAGCUUGGAAAUCUUAAUCUCCUUGAAUUCCUCCUGCUAAAUAACAAUCAUUUGAGUGGUGAAAUCCCCAGUACAUUUGAAAAUCUGUCGAGUUUAUUGGGAUGCAACUUCUCAUACAAUGACCUUACUGGACCCUUACCAUCUGUAACAGUGUUUCAGAAUAUGGCUGUCAGCAGUUUUGCUGGGAACAAAGGACUCUGUGGUGGACCUCUUGGUAAAUGCGGUGGAAAUCCAUCUUCCGAAUCUUUUCAACCUGUGGGAGAUAUGGCUACUGCUCGGGGUAGAAUUAUUACUAUUGUUGCAGCUGUUGUUGGAGGUGUUUCUCUAAUUCUCAUAAUGAUUAUUUUGUACUUCAUCAGACGUCCAACCAAGAUGGUUGUGUCCUCUCAAGAUAAUGAGAUAUCAUCUCCGGAUUCAAACGUCUAUUUUCCACCAAAGGAGGGGUUCACCUUGCAAGAUCUGGUUGAGGCCACCAACAAUUUUCAAGAUACUUAUGUAAUUGGAAGUGGAGCUUAUGGAACAGUCUAUAAGGCGGUUAUGCAUUCUGGAAAAACCAUAGCUGUCAAAAAGCUAGCAUCAAACAGGGAAGGGAACAGCAUUGAAAACAGUUUUCGAGCAGAGAUUUUAACUCUUGGAAAGAUUAGGCAUCGCAAUAUUGUGAAGCUUUAUGGCUUUUGCUAUCACCAAGGUUCUAAUCUCCUUAUUUAUGAGUACAUGGAAAGGGGCAGCUUGGGUGAACUACUUCAUGGGUCUUCUUGUAGCUUGGAAUGGCCAACACGGUUCACAGUUGCUCUUGGAGCUGCUGAAGGACUUGCUUACCUACAUCAUGACUGCAAACCAAGGAUUAUUCACCGUGAUAUUAAGUCCAAUAAUAUUCUACUUGAUGAGAAUUUUGACGCUCAUGUGGGCGAUUUUGGUUUAGCUAAGGUGAUUGACAUGCCUCAAUCUAAGUCAAUGUCAGCAGUUGCAGGAUCAUAUGGUUAUAUUGCUCCUGAAUAUGCAUACACCAUGAAGGUUACCGAAAAAUGUGACAUCUAUAGCUAUGGAGUUGUUCUAUUGGAGUUGCUAACUGGAAGAACUCCUGUACAAUCAUUAGAUCAAGGAGGCGAUCUUGUUACUUUGGUGAAACAUUAUGUUCGGAACCACUCAUUGACACCUGGGAUACUUGAUGCUCGGUUAAAUCUCGAAGAGAAAAGUACUGUUGAUCACAUGAUUCUUGUCUUAAAAAUUGCUUUAAUGUGCACAAGUAUGAACCCUUCUGGUAGGCCAUCAAUGCGGGAUGUUGUAUCAAUGCUUAUUGAGUCUGACAAGCGAGAAGGGAAAUUUAUUUCUUCUCCAAGUUAUGAAAUUCCUCUCAAAGACAAAGAUCAUGCUUCGUGAAAGUAGGUGACAGUUUCCAACUACUUAUUAACUCAGAUAUUUUUUGCUCUGAUUCUUCCUCAUAAAUUAUUUGCAAUAGCAAGAUGAUAAUAAUACCCUGUAAAAUUUCAAAUAUCAUCUUUUAGUUUAUGUGGGUAAUUGAUUUUGCCCUUAAAUUCUGUAUAUCCCUCUACAACUAGUACAGUAUAGUAACAUUGUUGUACAGUUGAUAUUACCAUCACAAAUAUAUCUUGAAAAUCCUCUAGUGCAUUGAAUUGGUUUACCGAUGUUUCUCUUCAGCUUAUGUAUGUCUAACACUAAAAUUGUUUCUUUGU